CGUGGACGUCUGAGAGCCCCGACCAGUUCGGAGCCGGCCUUUCACAUGGCCAGACCCCCUCCCUCUUUCUGCUUCUCUUCCCUCUCUCAUAUCUCCAUUUGUGUAGGUUGGAUUACUCUCCUUUCUUUUCCUCUAAACUCCUCUGUAUAUUUACUCUCCUUUCUUUCCCUCUAAACUCCUCUGUAUAUUUACUCUCCUUUCUUUCCCUCUAAACUCCUCUGUAUAUUUACUCUCUUUUCUCUCUCUCAAUUCCUCUGUAUCUUUGGCUUGGGCGUGAGGGAUAGAAGGGGAAUAGAGAGAUGCCUUAUUGUGAGGUUCGGAAAUGCAAAAGGAAAGAUGAGGUUGUGAAGCUAUUUUAUACGACGUAUGGACAUGGCAAUAGAAAAGUCCUAUUUAUUAUAGGUUUAGCAGGAACCCAUGAAUCAUGGGGUCCUCAAAUCAGAGGGCUUACCAACAGUGAUAUGUCUCAUCAAAAAGAUGAGGAAGAGGAUGUUCGUGCUUUAGCCACUUUGGCUAUGGGUCAAGAAAGCAUAGACAAAGAUGAGAUUGAUGAUAAUGGUGAAAGUGGCAUUCAGGUCUGUGCUUUUGAUAAUCGUGGCAUGGGUCGAAGCUCUGUGCCUAAGAAGAAAUCAGAAUAUACGACAACAAUCAUGGCAAAGGAUGCCUUAGCUGUAAUGGAUUCUUUAGGUUGGCAAAGAGCUCAUAUAUUCGGGCACUCAAUGGGGGCUAUGAUAGCAUGUAAACUGGCAUCUAUUGCACCCAACCGAGUAUUGUCGCUCGCAUUACUUAAUGCAACUGGAGGCGGCUAUGAAUGUUUCCCCAAGAUUGAUCGCCAAACAAUAUCAUUAGCAAUUCGUUUCUUAAGGGCAAAAACACCAGAAGAAAGAGCAGCUGUUGACUUGGAUACUCAUUACUCAAAGGAAUAUCUGGAUGAAUGUAUCGGAUCUAAUACAAGAAGAAGAAUUCUUUAUCAAGAGUAUGUUAAGGCUAUCUCAUCUACCGGUAUGCAAUCCAACCACGGGUUUGAAGGACAGGUAAAUGCAUGUUGGACUCACAAAAUGACGUCCAAGGAUUAUGACGUGAUCCGUUCCUCUGGAUUGCUUAUUUCUGUCAUUCAUGGGAGGUAUGAUGUUAUUGCUCAAAUAAAUCAUGCAAGGAGGAUUGCACAGAAGUUGUACCCAUCUGCAAGGAUGGUAGAAUUACAUGGUGGCCAUCUUGUGAGCCAUGAAAGGCCUGAUGAGGUCAAUCAAGCUUUGAUGGAGCUAAUUGAGGCUUCAGAGACUAAGCUAGAUGCACUUGAAUGGUCCAAUCUGCCUAACUAUGGAACUGGAUCUCCAGAGCAUCGAAUAUCACCUACUCUAGAGCUUAGCUUGUUGUACGUCAUUGGAUUAUUAGUAAUGUUUUUUCAACGCUCGCGAAGACUUCUUAGGAGUUUGGGGCUUCAUUGACGGCAUAAGGUGAUUAUCCUAGUUGGUGGAGAAAACCCUGUUGGGGAGAUAACCCUACGUAAGAACCAUAUGAUGAUAUACCCUUCUGUUGGGCUUAAAUAUCAUGAUACAGUUAUGUCUCCUAUGAGACUUCUAAUGAAGUUGGGAUAAGGAUGAUGUCUGGAACUAUACUGCUAGGCCCAAAUAUCAUGAUAGAGUCUCCUAUGAGACUUCUAAUGAAGUUGGGAUAAGGAUGUCUGGAACUAUGCUGCUAGUGAUCCCUGCAUGCGCAAGAGAUGAUGCACUGAUCAAGAUGAAUCCAGCCAUAGAAAUGGAGAUAAAUUGUGAUAAAUAAGAGCGUUCACCAAGAAUCAGUGCAUUUCCUUUUGUUUACAAGUGUAUCAUUAUAUAUCUUCUGUAUAAGAAAAAAAAUGUAAUGUGAAGAUAGAUCCAAUAAUGGCUAGCCAAACGCUUGUUUAUCAUAAUUAACUUUUUCUCUUCUCAUAAUUAACUUUUUCUCUUCUUCCAA